GUGAAAUUUUAGUGGAAUAAUAACACGUGCAAUAAUGAAGUGCCGGUACUCUAGAACAAAAUAAUAUUAGCUUUAUAAAGCUCGAAUGGACUAGUUAUUUGCAGAUUUAGGGAUGCUAGAGAAAUAAUACGGCUACAUUGAUGAAAAAUAGUAUGACUAUUUAUCUUAAAAAGACCUAAAUGAGAUUUUAACUUACAUUAGUGUUAUAAAAAGUCUAAGCUUGUAUGAUGGCGACAGGUUUGAUAGAGCUCAGAAAUUUUGGAGAUUUUUCAAGUUUGCAUGGUAAUCCAAGCACAUCGUCACAGGGGUUACAAGACAGAGAGGCGCGCCAGAGCAAGAUGAGCGGCAGUACAGUAAUUGAAGACCCAGGAAUUCCACUGGUUGGGAAAGCUAACGGAAAGUUUCGGAGAUACGUCGGAAAUGAGGAUGAUAACGUAACUGGAUCUCCCGGCGAAGUUGCUCACGAUUCCUCCGCGUUUGGUGUAUCAAGCCGAUAUGACAAUAUUGGAUACAAACUAGGAAGGAGAAAACAACUAAUAAAUCGUAGACGAAUGAUUGUGGACAUAGAGUUCAUCAUGGCGUUGUUUGGAAUUGCUCUGAUGCUUGUAGAGACAGAAUGCUUUAUACGCGGGGUCUUUACAAAGACAGACGCGGGCUCGAUUAUUAUCAAAUCUUUGAUAUCGCUGUCGACUGUAGUUCUUCUAGUAGCAAUUAUAUUAUACCAUGCGACGGGUGUGCAGAUUCAGAUGGCUGACAAUAGUUGGGAAGACUGGAGGUUAGCUAUGCAUUUUCCAGUUUCUUAUUUGAAGAUUUUGCUGGAAUUGUUGAUAUGCAGUAUUCAUCCGAUACCAGGUGACAUAAGAGUUCCGGCAUAUGGAGUUGAUGGCCGAUAUCGCAUGGUUUCUCUGGACGCCAUAUUUUCCAUACUUAUGCUCGCGCGGCUUUACUUAAUCGGAAAGUUCACCGUUGUUCACCACCGUCUAUUGACUGACACAUCAACACAAAGCCUUGGGGCAUUGAACAAAGUAAAAAUAAACACAGUAUUUGUUUUCAAGGCUCUUAUGUCCACAAUGCCAGGAACUAUGCUUGUUUCGCUAAUGCUCGCAAUUCUUAUAAUAGGCAGCUGGGCAUUGAGGACCUGUGAAAUAUAUUAUCACCCAGGCUCACCUGAGAGCAGCUAUUUGAAUUCGAUGUGGCUCGUUGCUAUUACUUUUCUCACAAUUGGAUAUGGAGAUUUUACACCAAGCACGUACUGUGGACGAUUUGUCUCUGUCCUUACUGGGCUAAUGGGCGUUGGCACAACUGCUCUUCUUGUAGCUGUUUUAGCUUCCAAAUUAGAACAAAGCAGACCUGAAAAAUACGUUCACAACUUUGUGUCGCGUGUUCAGCUGGAUAAAGUUAGGAAAAAUGCUGCCUCUGAUGUCAUUAAAUAUGCUUUGAGUCUUUGGCGUAUGAAACGUCAAGGUAUAUCCGACGGAACUCGCAGAACACGCGUUUACGGGAAACUUUUACAGUCUAUCUAUACAAUGAGAGAAGCGAAAAAUGAGAAAAUAUCUAUUGGUGAAAGUUCUGUCGGUAUUGUAGAGGUUUCAAAAUCAGUUAAUGAUGUUUUUGAAAUUGUGGAACAGUUACAAGAAGAACAAACAAACCUUCAGACUAGAGUAAUUGACAUUGAAGAAAAGAUUUCAAAUAUUGAUAAAAAGUUAGAUGUUCUAAUUUCGGGAAGUCGAUAAGUAAAACGAAUGCCAUUUUCUAACACUAUGCCCUGUGCUAUAUGCAUUACAACGGUGUGGAAAGAAACUUUAUUGUAAAACUUAUAUUUCAACGUUACAAAAAGUAAACUUAGCGUAGCGUAUUUAUGAGCCAAAACAAGUGAUAUGUCUGUAUUAAUAAUUUAGUGUUGUGGUCUUGGUAUUAGAAUAUAGAAGAUGUGGUUCUGGGAAUUUUCAUAUAUACAUUACGUGUUACAUCAUAUCAGUACGUUUAAUUUCGAGUCUAGAACGUACUGGGUUUUGUUACCCUUUUUUUGGUUUCCCAUGAGAAUAUAUUAGGAGUUCGAAAAGAAAUGGUGCGUUCUAGGAUUGUGGACGUUUAUAACACGUCAAAAUCGCUUUAUUUUCAAGCCAAAGAUAUAUGCUUCAGGAACGCGCCCCUGCUACAAAUCCUUUGCGAGAGAUAUACUAGUAUACGCUUAGAAACCAAGUUCGGACGGAAAGUUAGAGAAAUGACGUUUUAUAAAAAAAGACACAGUAUCCUAUAAGAGUUAAGCUACUUGAAUUAUUCUAAGAUUGACCUUGAAAACAGAGUCAUUUCCAAAUCUGAACAUAAGCCGUAUGUGGUAAACAAUUCUGUUAAAAUGUCGUACUUUCUUUUUUACAACCAUUGUCAUGAUAUUAUUGAGAAGCUUGUUUUAAAAUUGUUAUUUUUGGACGUAUUUAUUAUUUUUGUUUGUUGUACUGUGAAACAUUUACACGGAGUUUAUAUUUUGUUGUCUGUUGAUAUAAUGUAAAAGUAUGUUAUAGUGUGUGUUAAAGAUUUUGUUAAGUAUAUAAACUUGUAUGUAUCAUAACAUAGAAAUAAAUUAGGUCUAAGUUGG